AGGAAAUUCCAAUCCAGGAGCAGAUAGCUGGAAGACAGGAAGAGCCAAGACAGAAUGGCGUGGCAGGGGCUGGUGCUGGCUGCUUGCCUCCUCGCGCUCCCCUCCGCCACAGCAGACUGCCUGUCCCGGUGCUCCUUGUGUGUUGUGAAGACCCAGGAUGGGCCCAAACCCAUCAACCCCCUGAUUUGCUCCCUGGAAUGCCAGGCUGCCCUGCAGCCCGCUGAGGAGUGGGAGAGGUGCCAGGGCCUUCUGUCUUUCCGCAAUCCCUUCACCCUCGGGCUUAAUGGCAAGGGAGACUUGGAGAGCAAGGCAGCUUUGGAAGAGCCCUAUAGUGAGCUGGCGAAGCACGCGCGGCCCUUCUUGAAGGAGCUGGAGAAAAACAGAUUCCUUCUCAGCACCCCAGCAGAGGAGAAUGAUCUGAGCAGCAGCCUGGCGGAGAAGCUCAGGGGUCUCUCUGGCAGGUUGGGGGAGGAAGCAGAGUCUGAGCUGAUGGGGAGGGCCCAGCCGAAUGAUGGUGCCAUGGAGGCUGGAACACUGGAUUCCGAUGAGGAGGACCCCAAGGAGCAGGUCAAACGUUACGGGGGCUUUUUGCGCAAAUACCCCAAAAGGAGCUCAGAGGUGGCUGGAGAUGGGGAUGGGGAUGGGGACGGGGACAAGGUGGGCCACGAGGACCUGUACAAACGCUAUGGGGGAUUCUUACGACGCAUCCGUCCCAAGCUCAAGUGGGACAACCAGAAGCGCUAUGGCGGUUUUCUCCGGCGCCAGUUCAAGGUGGUUACUCGGUCUCAGGAAGACCCCAAUGCCUAUUAUGAAGAGCUUUUUGAUGUGUAA